AUGGAUCUCGUAGUGAGCAAUAUGCCUCAAAAUGUGGAUGGUUCUUUGGCUGUUAGGUGUCGUUAUUCUGGAAAAGGUUUCAUGUUCUCUAUUCAUCAACGAAUGAACUAUGCUUACUUGUUCGAGUAUAUUUGUGAAAGGUUUCGGUUGUCUGCAACUGAUGUUAUUGAGCUUCACUAUUCACUUCCUGGUUGUCCUCUCUCUUUCCUGCAUAAUGACAAUGAUUUUCAAAUGUUGUUUAUUGGUGCUAAGAUAUACAAUUUGGAUUGUGUUGAAAUUAUUGUGGAGAAGAAUAGUGAACGUUGCAGCAAGAGAACUUCUGUUUCAUGUGAAGAUAGCUGUUUUGAAGUUUUGGAUGAAGAUGAUUAUUUGACUGAGGGAUAUAGGUCUGAGGUGUCAAAGCCUUACUUAUCAAGAGAGUGGGGUAGUUAUAUCCAAUGUGAAGGGCAGAAGUUUCGUGGUGGUGCCUCUGAAUUUCGAGAUAAGCUGCCCAAAUAUGCAAUUGAAGUUGGCUUCACCUUUGUGUACACCAGAAAUGAUUGGUAUAGAAUUCAUGCAGUAUGCAGCAACAUGGGAACCGAAAAUUGUGAAUGGCAUGUUGCUGGUUAUUCUGAAUCUUUAGAUGGAUGUUUUUAUAUUGAUUCUUUGAACAACGUACACACUUGCAAAGGCGUUCUUCGCCAGAAAAAGCAUGUUCGAUUGGGGUCUAAAGUUGUCAAGACUUGCAUUCAAGAGGAUAUUAGCUACAAUAUGUCAUUGAAGCCAAGGGAUAUCCAGAUAAAGAUGCAGUCUGCUUAUGGUUUUGAGAUAUCAUACAAGGUUGCUUGGAAAGCAAACCAAAGUGCUAGGGAUAUGAUUUAUGAAUCUGAGGCUGAAUCUUUUAACAUGUUAUCCUGGUUUAGGGAAGCUGUUUUAGCGAGUAACCCUGGUUUUGUUUUUGUCUUGGAAGUGCAUCCUGAUACCAACCAAUUCCAUAGGCUUUUUAUUGCCUACGCAUGUUGUAUUGAAGGUUUUAAGUUCUGUCUACCUGUAUUAUAUGUCAAUGACACUUUUGGCAAGAGUCUUUACAAGGGGACCAUCCUCUGUGCAACUGAAAGGACUGGAAAUAAAGGUUGUUUUCCUUUGGCCAUGUGUGUAUGUGAUUCUGAGACUGAAGAUAAUUGGUGUUUUUUCUUCCGGCACUUGAAGGAUUUGCUGGAAUCCCAAGGUAGAGUGGUUACAUUAAUGAGUGAUCGUGGUAAUGGAUUACUCGGUUCUUUCAGUAAGGUACUUCCUGGUCAUCCUCACUUGUUCUGUUACAUGCAUUUGUCGGCCAAUUUGAUGAAUAGAUAUGGUGGAGUGAGCGGUACUAUGAAAAAUAAGUUUUUUGAGUUAGCAUAUGCAUCUUCCCCUGCCCAAUACCGUUUGCAUUUAAGAAAGCUUAGAGAAAUUGGUGAUGCAAAAAUUAUAGAUAAUUUUCUGAAGGAUAUGCCUCUUGAAAAUUGGUGCCGUGCAUUUUUCCGUGGAUCACGUUAUGGGAAUAUGGCUAAUAGCAUGGCUGAAUCUUAUAAUGCCUGGUUUGCUGAAGAGCGUGAGAUGCCGGCAUAUGGUAUGCUUGAUCAGACUAGGAUAAAGUUGAUGAAUCAGAUGGGUGAGAAGAGGGAUGAAGCUCAACUCUGGACCACACCACUUACUCCUAAAAUGCAGGAUCGUUUGAAAGAACGUAUGGAUGCUACUUCACAGUUUAAUAUGGUUUACUCGACCACAAAUAUCUAUGAAGUUCGAGGGAAGUAUUCUCAUGUUGUUGACCUUGGUAUUUGUUCUUACACGUGUAGAAAAUGGGAGAUUGAAUGUUUUCCUUGCUCUCAUGCUCUUGCUGCAAUUCAAGCUGUCUCAAAGGAUGUUUAUGCAUUUGUAGAUCAGCAUUACUUUGCUGACUACUGCAAGAAGUGCUAUGAUGUUCCACUUUUCCCUCUUUCUAAUGCUGAUAUGGCUUCUGCUGAAUCUGCUAAUGAUGAGUUUAUACAUCCUCCCCAUGUGAAGAGGGCCCCUGGAAGGCCGAAGAAAAAGAGGUUCAAGUCAAGUGGAGAGACUCAAAAGAAGCUCAUUCGUUGUGGCCGGUGUCAAAAAUUGGGCAAUCAUAACAAGACGACCUGCACUGAACCUCUUUGA